CGCGCCGCUUAACGACCUUCUGCGUCGACGGUCGGCAGGCGGCGGCGGCGAGUGGAUGGAGGCCUCGGGCCCCGGCCGGGCGCGGCGGGGCUGGCGGCGGGCCCGGGCCGCGGGCUCCCCGCUCUCCCGGGCCGCGGUCGUCCUCCUGCUCUCCGCCUUCGUGGCGCGGGCGUCCUCGUCAGUUGGAUAUUUGAUUCGAUUACCAAGAGGUUUUCGCUUGACCCAGGAUACAGUGAAAAUAGUGGGAUCGUCAAAUUUUCCAGUGAAAGUAUACGUUAUGCUUCAUCAAAAGAGUCCACAUGUGUUAUGUGUAACCCAACGACUGCGAAAUUCAGAACUGAUAGAUCCAUCAUUCCAGUGGCAUGGGCCAAAAGGAAAAAUUAUUUCAGAAAACAGCACUACACAAGUAACGUCCACAGGAAGCCUUAUAUUCCAGAACUUUGAGGAGGGAAUGAGUGGAGUUUACACCUGUUUCCUGGAGUAUAAACCUACUGUGGAGGAAAUUGUGAAAAAUCUUCAACUAAAAUACGUUAUAUAUGCUUAUCGUGAGCCUCAUUAUUAUUACCAGUUCACGGCUCGAUAUCAUGCAGCUCCUUGCAAUAGUAUUUAUAAUAUUUCUUUUGAGAAGAAACUUCUUCAGAUUUUAAGCAAAUUGGUUCUUGACCUUUCAUGUGAGGUUUCUUUACUGAAGUCUGAAUGCCAUCAUGUUAAAAUGCAAAGAGCUGGUUUGCAGAAUGAAUUGUUCUUUACAUUUUCAGUUUCAUCUCUAGACACUGAAAAAGGACCUAAGCCAUGUGCAGACCAUAAUUGUGAAUCUUCCAAAAGACUGUCUAAGGCUAAAAAUCUUAUAGAGAGAUUUUUUAAUCAACAAGUAGAAGUUCUAGGCAGACGUGCAGAGCCAUUGCCCGAAAUAUACUAUAUUGAAGGUACUCUUCAAAUGGUAUGGAUUAAUCGCUGCUUUCCAGGGUAUGGAAUGAAUACCCUAAAACAUCCAAAAUGUCCUGAAUGCUGUGUGAUCUGCAGUCCUGGAUCUUAUAACCCCCGUGAUGGAACUCACUGCCUUCAGUGCAACAGCAGCCUGGUGUAUGGAGCUAAAGCGUGCUUAUAGGGCCAUUGUUCUGAGUUCUUUGGUGGUUUAUUAAACACAAAAGUAUAUUUUUGAAAUAUUAAUACAUAAUAAAUCACUAUUAUGCCAAAAUUAAAUAUAUUAGAUUUUACAAAA